AUGGAUCAGUUAGAAGUGAAAGAAGUAUGCUCCACUUCCGGCGAAAGUUUCUCUUCUUCAUGUGAAGAUAAUGAUGAUGAUGAAUCUCCCACAACACAAAAAAAAGUGGGCAACGAGAACACGGUUGUUUUUGACGAUGGAAAACAGCAGAAAAAAAAGUUGAAACGUACGAAACGUGAAUUGCGAGCAGAACAUGCAGCGAAGCAUAAACGGGAUCGAAUGGGUAUGGUAUUGCCAGAUCCAGUACAAGAUCGGGAACGGGAACGCAAUUUCGUUCAUCUUGCAACAAAAGGUAUUGUACAACUAUUUAAUGCUGUGGCCGAACGACAGAAAGAGCUAAACAAUGCAUCAGCAGCAAAUAAAAAAAGCAAGAAACGUCGAUUGCAUGAUACUUCUGCAGAAAGCUUUAACAGGAAAUUAAUGGAAUCAAAGUCAGUUAAGGAUGAAGCAAAUGAUACAAAAGAAGAUUGGCUAUCUGAUGAUCAGACGGCAAUUAAAUGUGAGACAGAGGACGACUUAGAUACUUCUGGAGUUAAGACAGAACCAGAGAGUGAUUCGGAAUGA